AUGAUGAUACUUACUUUUCUUAUUAGCUGCACCUUUCUGAGAAGCUAUGCCUUGCUACAGCCAGAGCAAAUUCACUUGUCUUGAACAGAAAGAGAAAAUGAAAUGAGAGUAACAUGAGUCACAAAUAUCAAUACAACCACGUAUGUAGCAUACCGUCCUGUGAUGUGCCCGUCAGCAGUAUACUCUGACAAAUGAACAAAUGUAAGUGCUAAUACAAUAAAAUUCAACAAAGGCGAAAUAAUAGUGUUGUUCCAAUUCAUACAUACGGCUAUUAUGACUGGAUUGAAGCAUGACUGCUUUUAUGAGUAUUAUAUCGUAACAGCAUGGGGUAAAAGCGAGCCAUACAUGUUUAGCGGAAGGACCCCAGACUAUGAGCCUCCAUAUGACGACGCAAAAAAUGAAAUAGAUAUUUUGGUCUUUGGUGACUGGGGCACAGGGUCGAAUAGUUUAUAUGUAAAAAACAUGCUGGAUCAGCAUAUAAAAAUAAGGAACUUUUUAGGGGUGAUUCACUUGGGCGACAUUGCUUAUAAUUUAGACCAAGAGGAUGGCCAAACAGGAGAUGACUUUUUGAAUCAAAUGCAACCAGUUGCUGCAAGGUUUGCCUAUAUGGUUAUUCCUGGAAAUCAUGAAAGAACAUCUAACUUUACGCAUUAUAAAGAAAGGUUUAGGAUGCCAGUAAACGAAGCAAACGGAGGAAACAGCUGUUUUUAUUCUUUUAAUUUAGGCCCUGCUCAUUUUCUCAUGAUGGAUACUGAAGUUUAUUUGCAUGACUAUCUAAGAGAUUCACAGCUUACUGAGACAAAUUGGAUUGCUCAAGACUUAGAAAAAGCAAACAAAGAGCGAGACAUUAGGCCUUGGAUUAUUGUUACUUCUCAUCAUGCGUUUUAUUGCUCAGUUAACCACGCCUUGAGUCCAGAAUGCGGUGUGCAAAGCUAUCUUUAUAACGCUCUUUUUGAAGAAAUGUGAAAUUAUUAUGGGGUAGACUUGUUUCUUGAAGGGCACGUCCACAAUUAUGAAAGAGAUACUCCAAUUUAUAAGAAUGAGACUGUAAAAAGCGAAUAUGAUGACCUUCAUAUGCAUAAAAACCCAAAUGCUCCAAUCUAUAUUGUCAGUGGAAAUGCUGGAAAUAAAAGAGGUCAUAAUGACCCAAUUCCAGAGGUACUGAUGCCUUGAACUGUUUUUAUGCAUGAAGAUUAUGGCUAUGGAUUGCUAAAAGUUUUCAAUAAAACUCAUCUUUAUUGGGAACAAUAUUCUGCAAUGACUGGAGAUACAAUUGAUUAUGUAUGGAUUGUAAAAGACCGGCUAAGAUACGAUAAGCCUAAUUACUAACUCUCCCCAUCUUUAAUCGAAUGAUUGACUGUAAAUAUUCCUAAAAAUUGAGAAAAUUAACCCCCAUCCUUGAUCAAACGAUUUUCAUAUCAUGCAAAAUUUAUAUAUAUAUAAAAAUAUAUUAGUAAACAAAAGCUUGAGAAGAUAUGCCUAAUGAAGUUGUUGUCAGAGGCUUUGAGACGACAGGAAGCUAUGGAAUCAAUCAUCCGAAGUGCUUUAGUCAUCUAGCUUAAAAACUCAAUAAUCUCAAAAAUAGAGAUUCUUUAAAAUUUAAAAUUUUUAAUUCAAUAAGGAGCAAAUUAAAAUUUAUGCAGUUUAAAGGGGUAACCAAAAAUAAAAAUAUUAAAAAUUGGUAUUCUUAUGAAAUUAAUUCAAUUUUGUUGCUGCAAAAAUAAUUAUUAAAUACUCUUAAUCCUCUUAUUUAAAAAUAUAUAAACAACAUCUAUUUUUUUAUUUUAUAUAUAAAUUUUUUUUUUUAACUCCCAUCCUUGGUCGAACGGCUCGCCAUCGUUCGAUCAAGGAUGGGGGAGUAA